AUGGGCAUCAUACGGCGCAGACGAAGACAACCGCGGCUUACGUUGAAAGUCCAUGCCGUCCAGGCUCACAACAUCACCAUCGAGAAGUCAGGGUGCAACCCCAUUUGCGUGGCGAUCAGCAAUGGCAGCUUCAGUCGCACAGCCAAGCAGAAAAAUACCAGCUCGCCUUCGUGGAAUCAGAUUCUCAAGCUCAAGCUACCCCAGAAGCCCACGUCAGAGUACUUGCGAAUUGUAGUGUACGACAUGCUCAGCAACGCCGUCGACAACAACGCUGUGGAAAAUCUACGAUCCCGAGAAGAUGCCUCACGCAGCUACGAUAGUUCCAGUCGGUACCUCUAUCUUGGCGAAGUUCGCGUCUCGUUGCGCGACCUCUUUCGUCGCAAAGACCAGCCAACAAGCUAUAAUUUCUCGAAAAACACCGCCUGGUAUCCGCUCUACAACCGCAACAGCCUUAAAUUUAUGCAUUGCGAUAUGCAGGACGCUCCACCCGCUCUGGCCAUCGGUCAAAUCCAAUUGGCAAUUUCCUUGACUUGCACGCGUGGAACAAGCCUUAUCAAGACUUUCAACGAGUGGCAACGUAGCUUCCCAGAGGGAUCCUCUGCUAAAGCCACUCGUUCUCUCAAAAACUCCGGCAAAAACGUUCUUUUCGAUUUACCCUCUAGCUCCACCACGGUGAAUAAGUUUGCGGAUACUGACGGGCUCGCAGGUGUCGACGAUGAAAGUGCCACUGAUUUCGAAGAGAUCAUUCAGGAAAGCCCGGACAUUGACGAAGUUUUAAGAGAGCUUGAGGGAAAUGAUGACGACGAUGAUGACGACGAUGACGACGAUGACGACGAUGACGACGAUGACGACGGUGACGACGAUGACGACGAUGACAUUGAUGACAUUGAUGACGAAGAAGAAGACGAUGAAGAAGAAGAAGUAGACGAUGAUGGCGAGGACCUUGAAGAAGACGUUUACCAAGACAACAAUGAAGAGAGUGGAGAUUCUAUCAGAUUGCGGAGGUCCCACGGACAAGUGGAUGAAUUUGAGGAUAUGAGCUCAGCAGAAGAAGUAGAUGGCACAUCUCUCAGUUUGGCCAAGUUUGCUACUGCGUUGGACGAAUAUAAUGUUGCCCUCUCUAAAUCUGACCUCGAAGCUUUCACCGAACCUUCAACGCUUGGUACGCCACCGCUUAUCGCGAGAGACCCUAGUGUUGAUGCUAGUGAUACAAACUCGAAUAGUAAUGAUAAUUUCCUUUCUUUGCCAAGGAGACGGCGACGGAGACCUCAUCGACGUCGUCGGGGAAUGGUGAGUGAAAGCUUUGAGCUCUCGAAACAGGGACACGCCAUAGGGGUCGCUUUCAUGGACAUCGAGAACAUCGUCGAUUUGCCGGCUCUCAAAAAUAAGUUCUCAAAGACAUACAUGAUGGAUCCGUUUGUCGUGGUCGCAUUCGGUAGAAGAGUUUUCAAAACGUCGUGGAAAAAACAUUCGCUUAAUCCGACUUUCAAUGAGCGCCUAGCUUUCGAGAUAUUUGCCAAUGAGACUAAUUUUAGUUUCCAUUUUAGAGUCAUUGAUAAAGACUCGUUCUCGUAUCACGAUAAAGUGGCGAUUGCUGAUGUAACCUGGAAAGAUCUUAUCAGAGUGCAGAGCGAUCGCAACAAUGACGAAGACUGGACUUCUGUUCCAAUCCCCUUGCAUUUCAGUGAUUCAAUUGAUCCUGCUGCCUCUGAGCCCGUACUGAACAUCAGAUUUAAGUUCACCACUUACUCUGACUUGAAGAAGCACUUUUGGGAAAGGGUCCUCGACAGGCUUUGCAAAGCUGAUGCUCUUGACGUUGUUGGCGUGAGUUUAAUGAUGGAAAAGCUGGGUACCUUCUCCUAUGAUGAAAUCGAUGACUUCUUCUACCACUUCAACAAGUCACCGUGGUCCCACGAUAAGCUCAGUAAGGAAGAGUUGGUUGCCUAUCUGCAAUACUCAAAAGGAUCCUCGGGUUUUAAGGGCCUGAAAAGAUGUCCUCUAUGCUUUCGCCGUUGCAAGACCACGAGACAUGCUGCAAGCUUCAAGCUGUUACCUGAAAACGAUUUGAUCACACAUCUGUCGAUCUGCUCGUCCAGCGAGGAUAAAAAGCGAAUGUUGAAACCAUCAUAUGUGUCAUCGGAUUUCGCAACGAAAAGGUGGUUCUCUAAAUUUUUGAUCAAGCUAACCUAUGGGAGAUAUGCAUUGGGAUCUAAUAACGCGAACAUUUUGGUGCAAGACAGGGACUCUGGAAUUGUCCUGGAGGAAAAAAUAAGCGCGCAUGUUAGGCUUGGCAUUCGAAUCAUUUACAAUGCCAAGGGAACUGAAUCCAAGAAAUUCAAAAACCUCUUGAAAAAUCAGUCAGUGAAACAGGGACGAAAGUUUGACAGCCCAGCUUCGGUUAAACAAAUUGUUCCCUUUAUUAAAUUUCAUUCCUUGGAUGUCUCAGAAUGCGAAGAGACGCAGUACAAGACCUUCAACGAGUUUUUUUUCAGAAAGCUAAAGCCAGGAAGCAGGUCUCCGGAAGUCGAAGAUCCUCAAGUUUUGCUUUCUCCAGCAGAUAGUAGGUGUACGGUGUUUUCUACCAUCAAAUUCUCAAAGGAGAUAUGGAUAAAAGGUAGAAAUUUCACCCUGACGAAGCUCACUGGAGACUAUCGUCCUGAAGUCUUCAAUGACACAUCAUGCAGUAUUGGUAUCUUUCGUUUAGCACCUCAGGACUACCACCGUUUCCAUUCCCCAUGUAACGGUAUUGUCGGAAAGGCGCAUGAAAUAUCUGGAGAAUACUACACUGUUAAUCCAAUGGCAAUCAGAAAUGAGCUGGAUGUGUUCGGUGAAAAUGUAAGGACCGUGCUUCCCAUUCAUUCUCCUGAAUUUGGGACAAUUCUAUGCAUCGCCGUUGGUGCAAUGAUGGUUGGCUCCAUCAUUUUCACCUGCAAGGAAGGACAGACUACUGAACGAGGGCAAGAAUUGGGGUACUUCAAGUUUGGAGGAUCAACUAUAUUGCUUGUGAUACCUUCCCAAAAGGUGACGUUCGACACUGAUUUGCUUCAAAAUUCGUGCGAACAGAUCGAAACACUCGUAAAAGUUGGUAUGAGUGUAGGUCAUACACCUGCAGUGAAAGAACACAAGCGUGAGAAACACAUACCAACAAGCAAAGCUGACAUCGACAGAAUUAAGCGCACAAUUUCCGUUUCUGAUGAAGCUGCCAAUCAUGUUGGAAAUGUGAGCUGGGAAUUUCGUGAUCUCCAAAAGAGACUCGCGGCCAGACCGCGCACGGUGAGCUCACGAGAGCUAUCCAAUCUUGCACAGGCAGCUGAUGAUCUGAAUCUCUCGACCGUAAUUUAA